UUAAUCAUCGAGAGGUCGAGGAAAGAAGUAAGAGAGUGACUGAGUGAGCGGGAGGUGAAAUAUAGACAGACAGAGAGAGAGAGAGAGAGAGGGGGUAACUGCUUUUGCCGCGUGGUUUAUUCGUAUCACCCAUCAGUGCUUCUUUCACUGAAAUCGAUCUCUGCCCUGAGUUUUAGUGUUUAGAAUCCAGAAUGUCAUCCCGAAAUGCCAAAAGGGGCCGGAAGGACCCACCUAAUUCUGAAAUUGUUGCAAAAGAAAUGAAACCGGAGGCCGAGUCCAAUGAUGCUACAGAUAACAAUACUGAGGUGAAAGUUAAGAAAAGCCCUGGUAGACCUAGGAAACCAGAAUCUGAAAAGAAGAAGUGGGUUCCAACAGGUCGUUCAAGAGGAAGGCCAAGAAUUCAUCCAGUUGAUCAUAACAAGGUAAAGAAACCUAGAGGAAGACCACGUAUAAAGCCUAUGGUGCAUAAAGAAAAAAGACCAAGGGGCAGACCACGCAAAAAUGCAGAUAUGGUAAAGAAAUCUAGAGGAAGACCACGUAUAAAGCCUACUGAAGAUGGUGAGAACAAGCCGAAAAAGGUAACUGGGCGUGGAAAGAGGAGACCAGGAAGGCCCAGGAAAGAAUAAGAUCCCUUUAAAUACAUCUGAAUAAUGCUAGGAGCAGUAUGUUGGCAUCAAAAGACUUCUCAUCUUCAUCUAUAUCACCUAAUAGUCUUACAUCACCUAAGUCGGGUCCAAGAAUGGACUAAAGCCUUUUUUUUUAAACGUGGCUGCGUGCAAGUGACUGUGUGUAUGCAUGCAAUUUGACUGUUUUCAAUUCCAGUUCAUAUAUAAGAAUCUUUUAUUCAAAAUAUGCACUAUUUUCAUCCUUUUAGCUAAAUUUAAAAUAAAAAAAAAAACGUUUAUAGGUAAACUAAUCAGAUAAAUUCUGCUGGCACAGCUGUGGUAUAGCAUCAUCCUCAUCAUCAUCAGAUACACUGUUUGUUAAUCAGAGUUUAUGCUGCAUAAGUUAGGAUGCAACAGAUAUCUGAGGUAAUUAGUAUGUUUAUCACUGGCAUGUUAUUAUUCAUCUGCUUAGAACAAAUAGUAACAUGAAAUGUGAAAACUAAUGCACUGCCAUCAAACCUUCCCAUUAGAAAAUCUAGUAUUUUAUUUUCUCUCUUGAUUUGUUUUUAUAGAUAACCUGUCCAUUUUGAUUGAUUUAUAUAAUAAAUUAAUUCUUAGUGAAUUGGUAAAAUUUUGUCU